GCAGACAUUGCUUGUACUAAUUAUCAAGUUUAAUUCAUUUUUACAUAUAUAUAUUAUUUUAUAAUAUAAAAAGCAAAACAAUGACUUGCAUAGUAAAAGUUUUCGUUAAAGACAUCCGAUUUCCAACUUCUUUGCAAGCCGACGGAAGUGACGCUAUGCACACUGAUCCAGAUUACUCUUGCGCUUAUGUAACAAUUAAAUUGAAAAAUGGACUUGAGGGACACGGUCUUACAUUUACCCUCGGAAGGGGAACUCAAAUCGUGGUAAAAGCAUGCGAAGAUAUUUUAAAAAUGGUUAUAAAUAGAAAUGUUUAUGAUAUUUUUAAUAAUUUUGGUAAAUUUUGGAGAGAUAUUACUAGUGAAUCACAAUUACGUUGGUUGGGUCCAGAGAAAGGUGUUAUCCAAUUAGCGACAGCAGCUGUAAUUAAUUCAUUAUGGGAUUUAUGGUCGAGAAUAAGAAAUGUACCUCUGUGGAAAUUGUUAACAGAUUUAACACCUGAGCAAUUAGUUUCUACAAUUGAUUUCCGUUAUAUUACAGAUGUAAUAACGCCUGAAGAAGCGAUUAAUAUAUUAAAAGAAAGGCAAGAGGGUAAAGAGGAACGAGAAAAUCAUCUACUGACCCACGGGUUACCGGCUUACACGACCCAAGUCGGCUGGCUGGGAUAUUCUGACGAAAAAGUCCGUCAGCUGUGCAGGAAAUACCUGAAAGAAGGCUACAGAUCCUUCAAAGUUAAAGUAGGCCGCGAUUUGCAGGACGACAUCAGGAGAUGCGGGCUAGUGCGCGAGGAAAUAGGAAGCGACAACAAAUUGAUGGUCGACGCAAACCAGAUCUGGGGAGUGGGCGAGGCCAUUGAGUGGAUGAAGCACUUGGAGAAGUUUAAGCUUGCCUGGAUCGAGGAGCCGACUUCGCCGGAUGACAUCCUGGGGCACAGAAGAAUAGCGGAAGCCGUGAGGCCGCUGGGAAUUGGAGUCGCUACUGGUGAAGCUUGCGCUAAUAGGGUCAUAUUUAAGCAGCUGCUGCAAUUGAGGGCCAUCGAUUAUUGUCAGAUCGACUCGGCGAGAAUCGGGGGAGUCAAUGAAGUUCUUGCUGUUUAUUUCAUGGCUUACAAAUUGAAAGUUCCAGUGUGUCCACAUGCCGGCGGAGUCGGACUCUGUGAAAUGGUACAGCAUUUACAAAUGUGGGAUUACAUCUCCCUGAGUGGUACCACCGAUAACCGAAUAAUUGAAUACGUGGAUCAACAACACGAACACUUUGUAAAUCCUACAAUAGUCAAAAAUGGGCAUUACAUGCCGCCAAGUCUUCCUGGCUACUCAACAAAGCUCAAAGACCAAGCGAUCCUCGACUACGAGUUUCCUCAGGGCAAAGAGUGGCAGCGAAUGUUCAAUGAAGGGAUUUACCCCAAGCAGAUCGACUAAUUAUUCCCACAA